UGCUAUUACAAGAAUUUGCGCGUUAAGUGCAACAUUUUACCGAUGGUAGCACUGGAAGAACAUAUGUCAAUAUGAUGUGGAUUUACGAAAUAUUCUACGAUAUUGUGAUACAAGCCUGAAUGAAUAAAGGUUAUCUUCAUUCGUGCUUGAUAAGACAUAGUUGUUACAAUUAUUGGAUUUUAAACGAAGGACAAAAAACCUCUUCCAGAAUGAAUUUAGUGUUAAGAAACAAGGGGUUAGCAAAAGCAGUCAGUGUAAGCAUCUUAGUGACCUUGACAUUAUGUUAUAUCCGUACAUCAGACGCUCUCAUAAAUAUAGAUAGGAUAUUAGGAUGUCAUCCAAGAGAAUAUACAUUUAAUGCUUCAAAAACAGUCGAGGUGAAUGGAGAAAUGCUUUCAUGUUGGGAUGAGGUCACAGUGUACUCGUGUUGGGGGCGUUGCGUUUCUUUUGAGUAUGCGGACUAUAAAAUACCGUACAAAAUCAGUUAUCACCCUGUAUGCACCUACACUGGGAUGAAAACAAAAAAAGUGAAACUCAAUUGUCAUGCGGCAUUCCCUGAUCCAUACUAUGAAAUUUUCGAUGCGUCAGGAUGUAGUUGUAAAUUGUGUGACUCUAGAAAUACACGUUGCAAAAAUCUUAACAGGUAAUUAAUGGUAUACGAAAAACAAGCAAAAAUAUAUUACAAAAAGAAAAGAAAAUAAUAAUAGAAAGAAAAAACAAUAACAAAACAAAACAAAAUUAAACGAACUACAUCCAAAUGUAUGUGCCAUAAAUAUAUACAUAUAUCUUACUAAUGAAAUUAAGUAUAUAUAAACUUGUAUUUUCAUAAAAAUGUUUUAAGAUUCUUUUAACAAACAAACGAGCAAACAUUUUAUCUUUACUAUGUUUUACAAAUGUAACAAGUGUUAAUGAAACGUGAAGUGUAAAGUAUGUUUGCCUUUCAUUUAUGUAAGUUCUUUUUAAAAAAAGUACGUGCCAUUUCCCGAGUAUCUUAUCUUGUCUGUAUAUAAGUUUACUUAUCAAAUAGUGUGUUAUUGUUAUUUGAGUAUGAUAUACAGAAAUAAAGAUUUAUCAUUUUA